GAAACCCAAGACUUCUCGUCAAGUACAGCCGACAUUAUUUGUGAGAGGAGAGGAAGCAGAAGACCUUCUCCACUGGGGAGAAGAAGGACCCCACGGGGAGAGGAAGACUUUGGGUGCUUCAGUGAGGUGAAAAGAACCCCCUCCUCUCGGUUGGGUCAGCCACCUUAAAAUGAAGAGCCAAAUCACCAACGCCCUCUCCGACUUCUUCUUCGAGUAUGAGACCCCGCGGCAGGUGCUGGUCAGGAACAGGAGAGUAGGGGUGGUGUGCCGCCUCAUCCAGCUGGGGGUCUUGGCUUACAUCAUCGGGUGGGUGUUUAUCUACGAGAAAGGCUACCAGUCCACAGACACAGCCGUCAGCUCCGUCUUCACUAAAAUGAAAGGAGUGGGCUACACCAAUGUGAAUGGAGAGGAGAGAGUAUGGGAUGUGGCCGACUAUGUCUUCCCGCCACAGGGUGAUGCAUCAUUUGUGGUGAUGACCAACUACAUUAUAACUGAAGGUCAAAAGAUGGGAAAGUGUCCUGAGCUCCCAGGCAAGCACAACUGCAGCUCAGACGCCGACUGUGAAGGAGGGAGUUUCAAACGUACGGGACAUGGACAUAUGACUGGCACGUGUGAUAAUGCCACAAAGACCUGUGAGGUUCUGGCUUGGUGCCCUAUUGAGAAUGACCACAACAUACCAGAUCCUCCCCUGCUGAUGUCUGCAGAGAACUACACACUGUUCAUCAAGAACUCUGUAACAUUCCCGAUAUUUGACGUGACCAGGAGUAACCUAGUGGAGGGCAUUGAUGCAACGUACAUUAAAAAAUGUCUUCACAAUCCAAGGGAUGCUCCACUGUGUCCUAUAUUCAGACUAGGAGAUAUCGUCAAGGAGUCUGGCUUUAAUUUUGAAAACAUUGCUAAAUUGGGAGGGGCCAUUGGCAUCGUGGUUGACUGGACCUGCAACUUUGACGUGGAUGUAAAACACUGCAAACCCGCAUACAACUUCCAUGGACUGUACGGAAACCCAGAAGAGAUGGACAAGGCCAGAGCGUCAGUCGGUUACAACUUCAGGUGUGCCAAACAUUAUAUGGAGGGCACUGUACAGAAAAGAACCCUGCUCAAAGUGUUUGGCAUCAGGAUAGAUAUCAUCGUGCAAUCAUUGGCCAGAAAAUUUGAUAUCAUCCCAACAUUAACAGCAAUAGGCUCCGGAGUUGGCAUUUUUGGAGUGGCUACUGUUGUCUGCGAUUUGGUGCUGCUGUAUUUGCUGCCGAAAAGGCAAUUUUACAAGAAUAUGAAAUUCAAAUACACAGAAUCACACGGACAGGACCCUGAUUCGGAUGCAGGCAGUACAGAGACAGAGGUAUCCAAAAAGUGACGGCAGACUGGGAGGAAAUUCACAAAAAUGGCUCUGCUGUUUUAUGUGCUGCAGUGGACCCUUCAAAAGGGCACAAGUCUACACACCCUCUCCAUGGACUGAAAAGAACGACGCCUUUUCCCUCACCAUGCUACAUCUGGUUCUGAAACCGAUUGAUUACAUUGUCGUCUGCAGUACGCAGGCCCUCCUCAAAGACCGCACAGCGUGAAGUCAGCUCACACGAGCAUCGUUUGCAGCGGUAUUAACAGCACACAACAAUCAUCUUACAAGAAGCUAAAUGAGGUCGCAUUCGAAGUGCCACUGCAAACAACUCGUGACUGAAUCUCGAUGAAUGCUCAAAUACAGACUGCUGUGAAUUCUAAGCAGAAUGGGGAACAAUUUUGUUGUGUUGAGUUAGAUUUUGACACUGACUAAAAUGAAAACUGGCAUGCUGAUUUCAAAAUUGCAGUCCGAUUUUUUUUUCUAGAAUGUCAAGUUUACCUUCCAGGUCAGCAAAAUUCCACUGAUUAGUAUCAAGACUUGCCAGUCGAUCACUAUUAAACUCAUCUACAGCUGCAAAACAGCUCGACUGUGUCAAUAUCUGCAAACAGAACGCUAGUAUAGUAGGAUCUUUACUGGAUUUUCAAUCAACCCUGUAAUCACAGGCAUAAAGAUCUAUUUCGUUUAAUGCAGUGGGGUUUUUUUUUUUUCCCAAAGCUUGUAAUAUUUUCCUCUGUUUCAUUUGCAUAAAUACAGUUUUCAGAUUUUGUAAAUAAAGAGGGAUUCUAUUUUAAAAAGUGAUUCUAUUUUAAAAAUUCACACAGAGAGAAGAACCGAAAACCGUUUUUGGAUUUCACACCCAAAAAUGAAUUAAAAACAGCUGCCAGACCUCAGUCAACAAAAAUUGUGUUCUUCAGUGUCAUUAUACUGCCGUUUCUUUUGCAUAGGCUUUCCAAAAUGCCAUUCAGUUCAAUACACCUGAACAAUUCAGAGUACAGAGAGAAAAGAUUUAUGAAUUACUCUCCCUUGAAAAGGACAAUGUCGAGUCUUGAAUAACGCUGUCGGUGAGGCAUUGUUAUUACAACAUUUAUUAUCGCUGUAAUAACACGCCAACAAAUGCAACGGAGCGUUGUUGUUGUUUUUUUUCUUUGUGUGUCUGUCCCACGGAGUGCUGACAAAUUACAAAAGAAAAAUGGUUAACCGCAAAAUCUCAGUUAAUAGAGCAUAUGAUGAAAAGCCUAGCGUACUAAGACAAAUCCUAACCUUUGACCCAAACGACGACAUAACCGUUUAACACAUUGAUUUUGAUAAGCAAAAUGAAAAAAACAAAAAUAUCACACAUUUAAUGAUGAGAAAAUAAUAAUAAUUGUAUAGAUCUACCUAAUAAAGUGAGUUUAUAAGGGUGGCGGGAAGGGAUAAUCCCAUAUCAGUUGUCUUGUGCAUAGUACAAUUAACUACCUGUCGCUAUCACUGUCAAAGCAAGAAGUACAGUCGUGUGAAUGUCCUGCGUUCUAGUGAUUUAUCCCCGUGUGAACUUUAUGAGCAAAAUGAAUUUCAAUAAAACAUGUGAC